AGAUUGGAGAUGUUCUGAAUUUGAUUUUGAAAUCCACAAGCUUUACGAAAGCUCUUGAGUUGUAGUAAACACCGCAAUUAGAGUGCACUGACAGGUAAACGAAGCUUUUCAACCCUUCGAUGCACAUAUCUUCGUCUGUCAUUCUUUGCGUGUGAUAACGCGCUCUGCCAAUUACUACCAGAGAGCGCCGAGAGAGAGCAUGCAUUUGAAUCUCUCCAACGGUGGCACUGAAGAUAUCUGGAGAUAUUGGAGCUAGCAGGUGAGGGAAAACGGUUCCACGACGCUCUGCCGUCAUGCGCGGUACGCAAGAGGAAAGAUCGAGCGAGAUAGAGAGAGAGCGAGAGUAUCGGGAAGCUUGCGUGCGUUGCGUGCGUACGAGCGAGAGCGUGUGUACACUGAAAGGACGACAGGACAGCAGUGACAGUAGUGACGCAAUCGUUCCUACCGUGCAUUCCGUUUGCUGUGGACGUUGGAGGGCGUACGGGCGGCAGGAAAGCGCGCAAAGUGGGAAAAUUAGUGGGCCCCGAUGUCUGAUUCGAUUGUCAGACGGAGGAAAAUUCGCACCGUUCAUUCACAACGAGCAGAGCGUUUUCAUCCCAGCGCGCGCGCGUUUGUGUGUGUGUUUGUGCAAGGUGUGUGUGUGUAAGUGUGCGUUUUACGGUGGAGCACACAUGUGAGUGUGUGUGUUAGUGUUUGUGCGAGUUAGAAGAAUCAAUACACUGUACUCUCCGUGUCGUGUCGUGGCUUGCUAGGAUUUGAAAGUAAACUGGAGCUGGUGGAGCUGGUGAGAAGUUAAAAAAAGAAGGGGUCAGUGAAAUUUUCACACCGCCCGACGGCAGGCGCUAUUUGGGUGCGUUUCGGUGAGGUUGAAGCUGUCCGCGCUCGCGUUCACGAAAUGCAGGACGUGCAGUGCGUGUAGGUCCCGGUCCUGCUCGUGAGAGGAUUGUGGAGCGUGAGUGUUAUUACAUAAAAUAAUCGAGUCACACGGGUGUCGGGUGCGUGAAAGGUAGAAUUGUUCUGCUUUUUUUCCCAACUGGCGAAACCCUACGUGAGUUUUUGCUACGGAAAAAAAUGCGGAAUGAAAAUGUCGCUUGUCUGUGAUGGUGAAAGUAGCGUGAACAUAGCGAUACAGAUAACCGACGGGAAACUCCCAAGAAGCCCACGGAGUUUUCCCUUAACGUGUAUUUCGUGUGGGUGUGUGUGCGUGUGCGUGGGAGGGUGGUCAUAUCCUGUUUCAGGAAAUGAAUAUCGCAAAAACGUUCUAAGAUAAUACAACUCACAAUCUCCUCCCACAUUUGGAAUGUACGUUGGAUAUCGUGUACAAGGAAAUGCGAUGUGACAGCUCUAUGUUCUGGAUUAUUGAUUGGAAAACUGACACGGGACCUAGAACGAACCCCGCAGUGCGUGAAGCUGGUGCUGGUGGAGGGAUUUUGGUGUAAGGCGAUUCGACUUCACAGCACACAAGCGUUCGGUUCGUUCGUUCACUUUCCAUUUGCCACACACCGAUGCGUGGUUUCCUGCGGUGGCCUGCUUAGAUUUUUGUUGCAGUGAACCCGUGAUCGUCGCUAGGUUUGAAUGUCAAAAGUACAUGCCCCAGACAUCCACAAUGUGUCCCCAUUUCCCACUCCCCAAACUCCCCAUUUCAGCAUAGAGCAGUAAUAGAAACUUCCAAUUAAAAGAAAAUGUGAAGUGAUUUUAGCAUUUUUCUCAUUCAUUUCCCUGUCCGUCUAGGAGUGUGUGUGCGUGUGUGUUUGCUUCUUGGGUGGGUGAGCUGUGUAAGCAUUGGCUGAAUUUCCCACUGUGCUAAAGCAACGGCGCCUCCGGUUCUGGCACCGCCGUGUCCUAUGAGUGUGCGAAGAAGCGUUAAAUCGCAAAGGCUGCACUGGUGACCCGUGUCACCCAUCUUCCCGGGCGGGAGCGUGUCUAGAGGUGGUUGUGUGUGUGUGAAGUGUGAAGAAAUUGUAGCAAAAAUAGUGGCAAAAAGCAGUUGCAAGCAAACCUUUUCAAAGAGAGCAAGCGGGUUUCGUACGAGUGCGGUUUUGGGAAGGAAAACAUCGCCAAAAUGCAGCCUCCACCACGAAAAGGCAAUUACACAAAGUUUCUGAAGAACCUGCACACGGAGCAGCUGGCCAAGCUAGCGCUCAAGAAUCAGAAUGAGUGCGAGCUGCUGGAAGACAUCCGGCAGUUUACGCUCAAGCGGUCCGCCAUCGAGAAGUCAUACAGCGAGGCCCUGCUCAAGAUAUCGUCCGCGUACCUGAACAAAAAGCAGGCAUGCAUACCGGAGAUCAAGAUGGACGGUGCGGAUGAGAAAUGGAACAUGUGGAGCGUGUGGCAAACGGUGCUGGAGGAGAACGAAAAGUUGGCCCGCGCUCGGCUUGCCGCCGUCGAGGUGUUCCAGCAGCAGAUCGCGGACGAGGCGAAGGUGCUCCGCAGCACCAAGCUGAACAGCAGCAAGCGCUGCAUCGAGAACCUUGCCGUGGUGCAGAAAGAGCUGCAAAACUCGGUGACCGACGUGGACAAGACGAAGAAGAUCUACUUCGACGAGGAGCACAGCGCACACGAUGUGCGCGACAAGGCGCGCGACAUCGAGGAGAAGCUGAAGAAGAAGAAGGGCUCCUUCUUCCAGUCGAUCACGUCGCUGCAGAAGAACAGUGCGCGCGUGACGUCGCGCAAGGAGCAGCUGGAGGAGAAGUCGACGGGCGCCCGCAACGACUACAUCCUCAGCCUGGCGGCGGCCAACGCGCACCAGAACCGGUACUUCACCAUCGACCUGCAGACGACGAUGGCGACGAUGGAGAACUACGUGUACGAGCGGGUGGCCGACUAUCUGGCACUGAUCGGCCGCACCGAGCUGCUGACCUGCUCGGCCACGCAGAACUCGUUCGGCAAGAUACGCGACCAGGCGCAGCAGCUGACGCGCGAGUACAACCUGCAGUGCUGCUACCUGUACUAUCCGGUGCUGAAGCAGCACAUCCAGUACGAGUUCGAGCCGUGCGAUAACGAUCAGGUGCGCAAGAUUACGGCGGACCAUGAGUCGGCCGCCGACACGCUUAGCCGCGAGGGCAAGCGCUGGGCGGGUCGGGUGGCGCGCGAAAGCAACGUCAUCCGGGAGUGUGCGCGCAAGCUGGCGGUGUGUACGGCGCUCCGCGAGGCGGGCCACCGGACCGAUCCGAACGACCAGAAUGGGCCGGACCUGGAGACGAAGAUUGAGGAGUUCCGCGAAAACAUACGCAAGUCGGAAAUUGCCAAGGCGAAGGCGGAAGCGCGGCUGGAGUGCCUGCGGAUCGGCGGCAUCAACGUGGACGAAUGGAUACAGGAGGCGGAAACGCUCAGCGUGCAGGAGAUGCCGCGCUCGGCCAGCUCACUGUCGAUGCGCACGGACGCGUCCGGUCAGGGGGAAAAUCCCAGCUCGGACUCAUUCUACGACAGCGACAAUGCGGAGCAGGAUCAGCCCGUCUCGGAGUCAUCGCCCGCACCGAAGCAACCGGAGCCCGCAUCGGACGAGUUUACGGCUGACAGCGAUGAUGAUGAGGAGUUUGGCGUAGAGCAGGAGCGGCAAAAGAUUGAACAGAUUUCCCACGGCUGGGACGAUCCGAUCCAGGUCGACUGGGGCGCGGAAGAGGCGGCAACGGCCGCAGCCAGCAGUCAGGUUGCGUCCCAGGAAUCUUCGACAACCGCUGCACAGCCACGCGAACCGGCGGGCCAAACGUUCAAGUGCACUGCGCUGUACUCGUACACUGCCCAAAACCCGGACGAGCUAACCAUAGUCGAGAGCGAACAGCUCGAGGUGGUCGGCGAGGGCGAUGGGGAUGGGUGGCUGCGGGCACGCAACUACCGCGGCGAGGAAGGUUUCGUGCCGCACAACUAUCUCGACGUGGAGCGUGACACACCGGUCGAUACGCACACACCUGCCCAGCUGUCGAGCCAGAUUUCGUUCUCGUCCGUGGACUACACGGUGGACAACGAGGACCAGGAUCCGAUGCAGGACUCGGGCCAAUCGCCGGACCAGAUCUCGGUCAUAUCGGCCCCGCGCAAGGUCAACAAUCAGCUGUACUGUGUGGCGUUGUACGAUUACGAUGCGACCGCUGAGGAUGAGCUGACCUUCGAAGAGGGACAGAUUAUCAAACUCAUCACCAAGAGUCCUCACGGUGUGGACGAUGGUUGGUGGGAAGGCGAAUUGAUGGGCAAGAUCGGUAACUUCCCUUCGCUGGUGGUGGAAGAGUGCGACGAGAAUGGUGAACCGCUGACCGAUGCUGAGGACGAAUCUCCGCCACCGUCGGCACCGCCAACGUUCGCUGCCCCGGCACCACCUCCGCCGAUGAUUCUGCAUGAAGCAACACCUCCCGAAGGUCAAAGUCCAAAUUUGACCAACGAGGGACCAGCAAUCGACAAGUUUGAGUUUGAGAUGAACAACGUUCAACACGAGCAGUAUGGAACUCAGUUCUCGGCCCCGCCACCAUCACAGCCUCCACCGGUUGUUAUCUGUGAGGAUCCGGAGGCCGAGGAGGCCGCUAUCAUGGAGGAGGAAUCUCGACAAGGGGCUACCGCAUCAGUCGCGGCCGCAGCGGCACCAGCAGCAGCACCAGCAGCUACUGCUAGUGCCGGCGACAGCAACCAGCUCAACUUUGCGCAGAUCAUCGUCACGGCCGCUACCCCGAUGCACGACGAGCCGGACAAGAAGUUCCUGCCGACGGAAGAGGCACCGACGGCGGACGACGCCGAGUCGCAGAUUGUGGAAAAGCAGGAGCAGGAGAAGCAGGAGAUAAGCGGUAAGCAGAAAUCUCACGAGCCCGAGGCGCCCGAAAAGCCACCGACGCCACCGACGGCACAGGAACCGGCGGCCAAACCGAAAUCCGCCCCGCCCAAGCCGGCCAAACCGCCGUCACCGCCCAAGCCGGAAAAACCGGCCACCGCUCCGAAACCCACCAAUGUGGCCGGCAAGAGCCCCUCGGCCAAGAAGCCGGAACGGGUACGGCCGUCCGCGGUACCGGAGCCAGAGCCAGAGCAGGAGGCGGCGGCGGCCCCGAUCGAGGAUCCGGUCGCACCGUUCGGGGAUCCGGGUGCACCGUUCGAGACGAACUUUGAGGCAAACUUUGAGGCCGGGUUUGCGGCCAACUUUGAUGACGCGUUCGGGCAGUCGAGCAGUCCGCCCGAGGUGCCGAAGCAGGUGGUCGGGGGCCGGGCAAGCAUACCGGAGGAGCUGGAGCCGCAUCAGCUCGCAAGGCUGCAGAAUCUGAAGGAAUCGAACGCAUAAGGCGCCGGUGAGAGGACGCGUAGAGUGGACGGUAUCAGUGCGCGGGCAGGUAUUGUGAGCAGGAGAGGGGACGAGCAGAAGAUGGGAGGACACACACACACAAUUACACGAAGUGGUUAAUCGUUUACCGAUGCCGAUGCACUGUACAACGGCACCGUUCAAAACCGUUCUGUGGACGUCAGUGGAGAGCCGCGGCCAUGCAAAUCAAAACUACAAUCUGCUGCAACAAUCAUAAUACGUAGGGUAUUUUGUGCAAAACUCAAUGGUGAAUGGCAAACGGGGGCCAUGUUCAAUUGUGAGAGAUUCAUUUUUAAUCGUUGUAUGUGUGAGUGUGUUUGUGUGAAUUGGAACGGUCGUCCAAAUGGGGGUUUUCGUUGUUGCUGUAAGUCAUUGUCAUUGUCAUUAUCGUUGUCGUGUCAGGUAUACAGAUGUUAGGAGAACGUCGUCCAACGGGAUAUUUAGUGUACUAAUCAAGAUCAAAGCUGCUAAUGCAUUUAGAUCCCAAACAAAUAGCAUCACCAUUACCACUACUACUACCACUACUUUGCCGUCUGAUAAGCGUCAGACGGCUGGUUAGGCUUCCUUUGCGUCGUGGACGAUGAGGGUUUGCCUUUGUGAUAAUAAUGCAUUUUAAGUGGUGCCGUCUCGCCGGCUUUCAGCGGACGACCAAAUUCGACCAAUCUACUAAGAAAACUAUGAUAGACCGUAUCUUUCCCCACUCUCUUCUACCAAUAUGGUAUGGUUAAAACGCGUCACGAAAGCUCAUUGCCGUAACGAUGAAGCUUUGUGUCGUAAAAAGAUUGAAAUAAUUCGCACAUUUUUUCCCAGCUGAUCUACCCGUCUGGAACGGACAUUUUCCCCACAUAGUUUAACAUAUCACAGUGGAAGCCAUUCGUUGCGUUGUUUCAUUUGAAAGUAACGACCAAAAUCCUGCCCAUACUCUCACUAAUCUCUCUCUGUACUGCACCUUACCCCCGUCCCGAUUGUGUAGAUUCGAUUCCACCACGAAUCUCCCGACAGCUGCACUCUUCCAUUCUGCCCCAGGCUCUUGCAAUGUGUAUAGUAGAUUCCUUCCUUGUGCGUUUUCAAGCAGAGAUAAAGUAAACCCUAUUGCCUACUAUAUCGCGUUAUCCUAUUACGAAAUAAAUUAGGUUUGAAGUAAAACAACGCUCGAUGUCGUCGUGGGGUGGUGAUACAGGAAGAGUCACCGGAAGUCAUCCACACACACACGCCCCGACUUACGACUGUAAGAUUUUAGACUACUUAAAGCCUCUUGGUUCGCGAAAAAAAAGGGCAAAACUAUACUCAUUAGUCAAAUUCCACACGAAACUCACCGGAACAGCAUCACAGUGUUGCCGUUAUGUAUUAGCGCGCGCGUGUGUGUGUGUCUGAUGGAAACACAAUCCUCUAAGCAUUAUAUUGCCGAACGUACAAUAAUUACUCGAUCUACAAUUCACGGGUAGGGAGAGAUGGUCGCAAGCAGAGCGGCCAUUACCACCACCAUUACCUUUCAUAUACAUACAUAUAUAACUGUAUCUAUUGUUUGCGUUGCGCUUAGAUAACCGAAUGUUGUUCAUGCUUCGAUGUUUCGUUCGGCAAACGAACACACCAACCGUUUUGUCUUGGUUCUAGGAGCGCAUUUAACGUUGGAAAAAGAACACUAGAAAGCAAGCGUAAGCCGCAGAUGAGUUUCAUUGCACCAGCAAUCAGCUGUGUAACUAAAGCGACAAAGUUUAAGAAAAAAACAGAGUAUUAUUUACUACUACUAGGCUAUCCUAUUGCAAUACCAAAAAAAAAACAUAUUCCAAUGCAUUGUUCUAGUGCACACUAGUGACACAGUAUCUAAGUACUGGUAGGUUCUUUACUGAGAUACAUAAAAACAAAAAAAACAUACACAAUCGUAUCAUAAUGCUGACAUUGGGAGCAUUUGGUCAAGGGUCCCCCAUAUACCAUUUAGAGGCAAUUUAGAGUGACUCGCAUGCUCUGCAACACAACAUGCCUGCGCUGUAGAAAUGUUAAAGAAAAGGCCUUUCCAAUAAGAUUCUAAUAAUACGCACUACAAUCUAAAGCAAACGUUAUGAUUUACCUUGAUACGCGUUGAAUGUAGAAAAAUCCUGUUCUAACACCACCCAACACUAAUCAGCCUUCAUACUCUGGUAGCGGUCGAAUUGACUCUCUCAUAGCUUCAAAACCCAUCGACUUUCUGUGUGGAAAAGUGAGAAACCCUGGCGAGAGAGACAUCCCUUGACGCGCACAAAAUCACGCUUGCGCCCGGUACUGUAAGAUACUAGUAGAAGCAACCGUUAAAGGAACAAAUCACGAAAAAACACUCUCCCAGCAGAAACUGUUAGCAUGUUAGGUCAAAGUUAAUCAAGCGCUUGGCAAAGGCUGACGUUACAUUGGAUAUCCUUAUAGCAAAGCCGUCAUCAUAUCGUGAGGUUAUUCGCUUGGUUUGCCUUCAAGAAGUUGCAGCAGUGAGCAGCAGUCAGUAAGGGUUACACUAGGUUAAGCCUGGUUUGAUGUUUAGUUCGCGUGCAUAGACUAAGAACAUACCGAUUAUGGCAGCUCCAAAGAUUGUCCCAUAGCAAACGAAGUGCCAUUGUGGUAGUGUUGGUCAGCAGCAGCGUACUUGCGAAGGGAAUGCACAGAAGUAAAUGCUAUGAAAUGCUUGAAUAAUAAUGCCACGAAGGGCGUGAGGUACGCGUCAAUAGCACCACUAUUCGAACGAUUCCUGUAUAAAAUUGGAAGCAUCUCUCCCUCUCUUGACAGCCUCUCUAGAUAACGCUCUUACUACUACCCGCUAUUGAAUUGAAACCAGAACCGAAAGGAACGCAUUAAACGAAACAAUUAUACAUAUAUAUAGCCCCUCGUACAUAAAAGAAACAUAUACAUACUAUCUACCACAACCCCCGUCGUAUUCACCAUUUACACACGUGACCUGUCGGAACGAAACAAACGUAAACAUUUCGAAUGCGAUCAACAGACAAGCAAGAAUCACAUCUACACGAAACCACGGUACAGAAAUACUGUUAUCUGUUUUUUUUUUGCUCCACAUUUCUUCGAGGUCCUUCCAGACUCGAAGUGAGUUAUCGAAAAUAGAGCAAAUUCUACGAGCCUUCACAGGUCCGACCGUAGCACAAGCGGGGGACCGACGGGCAGGCAAAAGAACGAUACAACAUAAUAAGAGAUGAGAAGAAGAAGAAGAAGAAGAAUAAACGAACGCCGCAUAACCAGCACGUGUCAUUUAAGCCCACAACACACCACACACCCCCCCCCCCCCCCAUU